AGAGCAAAAGAGGGAACAAGUGGACGGAAAGACAAGGGGAACGGAGCUCAUUCUCAAUCAGAUUUUAAAACCUUUGCAUCAACAGAAAGAUGAUGGCUGCCAGCAGGGACCUGCCUUUCCCCCUGGCGAUCGUUUGCCUGGUUCUCAUCAGAGGUUACCAUCCCCUCCCUACAACAUCACAAGUGCCAGGCACGUAUCCCAUGAGUCCUCAAGCAACACGUGGGCUUUCAACAGAGUCUUUUGUGUUUCGGGAAGAUGAUUACCCCGACGAUGAAGUCACAGUCACCCCUAUAACACAGAGUAAAGUGUCUCCGCAUGGACAGAAAACUGAGAAAUGCAAAUACAAUCCCUGCCUGGAGAGUCAGAUCCCCUGCACUGAGCUGGCUGCCUCCACCGGCUGCUUGUGUCCAGGCUUCACUUUACAUAAUGUGCGCCCGCAGCCCCCCACCCUGACAUCGGUCACCUGGAAUGGGUCAGAGGUCAUAGUUCAGUGGUGUGCACCUUAUUCCCACGUCACAGCUUUUAGUGUGACAGUCGGGGGGGAACAGAGGCAGACGUUUGGGAAGAGUCGAAGGAACGGUGGAGUGGGCGACAUCGAGCACAUCUCAGAGGUUUGUGUGAUGGCGGUGAACGAUGCUGGGCACAGUCAGGGGUCCUGUUCGAUGUUCAAGCCACGGGACAGGAGUCUGCCUCUGAAGGCGGGACUCAUCGGGGGGGCGCUGGGUUUCCUGCUGCUCCUCUUGCUGGCCGUGCUGCUCUGGAGGCGCAGGAGGCAGAGGAAGCAGCAGGCCAGCAUCUCACUGGACAACACUACUGAGACACAGUGAACAGAAAACAGAGCUAAGAUAAGACUCGGCCCCACAAGAUUCCUCAGCGUCAUUCCAGUUCAUUAGUACUCUAUAAUAUCUGCACAAAACAGGAUAUCUUACAUUUGAAGAAAGGAACAUCUUGUCACCUCACAUGGAUAAACGUGCCAUUUAGAAAACCUAUCAUUGCUGUUUAAAAGGAAGUUCUGACGCCUGUGAUUUGAAAACCAGCUUAAAAGAGUAUUUAUUUAAUAUAAGUUUUCUAAAAGAUGAAACCCAGAAAAAAGCCCUUUUGGGGGACAGGUUUAAAACAUCAGAUGACUUUUUGGUUGACAGUUUGGCUUUUAAUGUUUAUGUUAAUGUAUGAGAUGAAUAUUUGAGUUACAUUUGUUGGCAGUUGCUGACAUGUUUAAAAAUACUGUAUAAUGUAAAGCAAAAAUGUGUAUGGUGGUGUUACGCUUUCUUUUGUAACUCAGUGACUGAAUGCUUUAAGUUUUAAUCAUGGAAAGUGAAUGAUGUGUUGUAUUAUGUGCUGUGUUUGAUAGACCUUAAGUAUGUUAAGAGUUUGAUUUGACAGAUUUCCUAAAACAAGUUUUGAGAAACAAACUGAAGCACUGAAACUACUGUAUAUGUAUGUUGAAAGUCUGCAGUUCAGUUAAACUGAAUGUCCUGAGUUGCUAAAAAUGAGUAGUUAUAUCACAGCUUUGGGACGGGUGUUGUUUUCUCCAUCUGUGUGUCAUCAUCGGAAGUGGUGUCGGCGUGCUGGAUGAGCUCAAGUGUUGCUGCUGUUUUUCCAGCUGUCAUACAAUAGCCUUUUCAGCGGAUAUGGAUUUGUGAGGUUCGUCUCACUCCAGCUAAGACUUCCAGUCAUCUGCACUGAACUGGAGAGAAGCUUCAGGCUUUCUUUUUCUUUUUUUGGGUGAUGAAAAAGAGAAGAAAGUCCAAUAUUUAAACCCCCCCUCCAGUUUUCCAUCUGCAUGUCUCGCAGCCAUGUUAUAAUUCCUUUUUGCUCUGGCUGCUGCCAUGGAGCGUUUCCACUGCUCCUGGCAUUUUUCUUUUUCCAACUGCACUGCACAAUUUACACUGCGCAGAGCUGCAUGGAAGUCAGCUAACAGCUGUACUUUGGAGACACAACAGAUUGUCAAUUUCAGCCGCUGAAAAGAUGCUGCUUUUAUGACAUGUAUUCAGCCUGAGAGUGCAGUCGCUUUCAUACUGGGAGGGAAAUCUGGACAUAAACGGGCCAAUAUCAGAGGAAAUGCAGACACAUGGGUGGACAAUUUAAUGUGGCAGCCUGUACUGAACAAAAUGUAGUGUACUUAAACCUCAGCAGAAUAGAUUUUCCUGAUGGUACCUGAAGAGAACAACAUGUACUUAUGUAUUUAGUUUGGAAGUGAAUGUGGUUUGCCUUUUUCUUUUUAAAUAAAUUAUUUUUUAA